AUGACCGGUCUAAGCCUCGACGACAUCCUUUCUCUGCCUCAAGUCCACGUGAAAGAUAUCAAAUCUUUGACGGAUAAACUUCAGAAAUUCACAACGGGCGGUGCGGAUCAACUAAUGGUCAUUUCGGAUUUCGAUUUCACGCUCUCCCGUUUUUCCGAUAAAUCUGGAAAUCGUUGCUCAUCGUGUUACUGUGUAUUCGACAGUGCCGUUGGGACGAAUAAUCCCGAAUGGUGUCGGAAAUUCGUUGGAUUGUAUCAUAAGUAUGGACCAGUUGAACACGAUCACUCGUUGAGUAUCGAGGAGAAAGUGCCAUUUAUGGAGGCGUGGUGGCAACAAUCCCACGAGCUCAUCAUUCAAGGCGGAUUCAAGAAACAAGCCAUCGACGACUAUGUCGCUCAUUGCAAUAUUCAGUUGAGAGACAACGCUGACAUAAUGAUGAAAAAGAUGUCGAAUCACUCGGUGCCAUUCAUCAUUUUCUCGGCGGGAAUCGGUACAAUCAUCGAAAUGUAUUUGAAACAUAAAUUCGGUCGAGUCGAAGAGAAUACUCAUAUCGUUUCGAAUAUGAUGGGAUUCGACGCGGACGGAUACGUCAAUUCGUUCUCUGAUCCUCUGAUUCAUGUCUUCUGUAAGAAUUCGUCUGUGAUGCCAGCUGAUAGAACAUUCUCGCAACAAAUUCACGGACGAAAGAAUGUGAUGUUAUUGGGUGAUAGUGUUGGAGACGCUUUUAUGGAUGUUGGCGUCGAAGAGGAACAAGUCUCAUUGAAGAUCGGAUUCGUUAAUCAUGAUGCCGAUAAGCUCGUCGACAAAUAUCUCCACUACUUUGACAUUGUUCUCGUCGACGAUCAAUCGAUGGAUAUCCCAAAUCAGAUUCUCGAGGCAAUCUACGCAAAAUCAUACUGA